AGAGUGAUUUAAAAAUGUUCUCUAUUAUUCAAAGACUCUUAAUGCAGCCCAUUUCAACUGAUUUGAUUCGUGCAUCAAUUGUAACAAGUGCUUGCAAUUACAAAAAUGUUCCAAAACGUCAUUUGGACUUUUCAAAAGUUCCAAAACUUGUAGAGGCUGAAUUAGACUUUCAGUAUGUGAGAGGCAGUGGUCCAGGAGGCCAAGCAACAAACAAAACAAGCAACUGUGUUGUCUUGAAACAUUUACCAACUGGUAUUAUUGUCAAGUGUCAUGAUACCAGAAGUGCACUACAGAAUAAAGAGCUAGCAAAAAUUAAAUUAAUUGAUAAAUUAGAUUUACUUUAUAAUGGCGAAGAUGCUAUUGAAAACCAGAAAAAAAAAUUUCUACUUAAAAAAACAUUAGAAAAGAAACGACGACAAAGAAAAAGAGCAGAGGAGAAAGCCGAAGCAAAAAGAAUCGCAACUUUGACGACACAAUCAAGUGAAUCAGACAGCAAAGUUGAAUAACUUUUUGUAUCAUUGUGCAAAUAUGUUAAUAAUAAACAAAAAUUAAUAAUUUAA